ACUUUUGCGCGUUGAAAACGAAGAGGAGGCGGUAAAGAGAAAAUAGAGGAAGUGGGAAUGAAAAAUAAGUUAGACCGACAGGAAGUGAUGCGCACUGGAGAUAAAUUGACGAAUUGCGAGGUUCGAAAAAAAUUGAAAAAAAUCUAGAUAGCUUUUACUGUUUUCCCCUUUUUGUGAGCGUAAGAAGUAGCUGUAAAGGGGAAUCGGGUUGACGCAGUUCUUAUUCAGAUUGAAGCGGUCCAAGGGUUUUUUUCAUUUAUUCAAAAGCAGUUUUAGUAAGCUUUCACCGAGAUAUUUUUACAAGCUCCAUAAGGGAAUGUCAGAGUGACCCCUGAUUGACGCAGCUUCUCACUUAAUUUUUUUGGGUUGAUCGACCUUGUAUCUGUUUUUCAAUGUUUUUAAACCAACACUUCUCGUAUAAAAGCUCUUUUGACAUCCCGUUUUCCUCCUAUUUUAUUCUGCCGUGAAGCGUAACAGUUAGGUCGUGCGUGUACUUGACUAUCGGCUCAUGUGUUGACGACGCGACGCUGACCGCGUUCCAUCUCAGAGAAUGAAUCGUGCAACAAGCGUUAUUUGUGCUUUAAUAAUUGUCAUCAUUACAACAAAAGUGACGGGAUUCCAAAAUCCGGAUGCGGACUUCCAAAAUCCGGAUGCGGAAUUCCAAAAUGCGGAUGAGGAUGCGGAAUUGCGGGCGAGCUUUGUGAACGCGGUCGACGCUGACCAGUGCCGGCGUCGCUACGCGGACGCAAUCAUGCGAUCCUUGGCUGAGAAUCAAUGCCAACACAUACUCGCCCAGUGGAUGAAUCUACCCAGGGACGACAAGAAGCACUGCCAGAUGGCCGAGAACGCGGGAUGCAAGCUCAAACUGGCGUAUUGCGGCCUCUGGUGGACGACCAGGUGCAGCUUCCAAUGCAGGAGCAUAAACAGACCGACUGCUACCAAAAGGGUCUUCGCGGCCAGCCUCGCCCGACCGUUCCGAGUCUCCUUGCCGAUCCGCGAUCUAUCCGCGGUUCUAAUUCAAGGAGGACCUGCAGGCAUCAUUAUUGAAAUUGAUGGACAAAGCGAUGGACUAAAAUAAAACUAUUUAAAACUAAAAUAAAGGACUUUCAUGGGAGUUUCAGCGGACAUAUUAUUUCCGUUUCCUUCCUUUUUUACUACCGAAGUAGUCAAUUUUGUAUUGAAUGUGCUACAG